AUGAAUUCAACUGUUCCCGUGCAUACUCUUGUAGAAGGAGUUGAAAAGGUUGGAGAGAAAAUAGGUAUACAAAUUUCUGCUCCAGCUGCUCCUAAAAAGAAAUGGAAAUUUGCAGUAAGGGAUAUUUUCGCAAUUAUUGGUUGGUUGAUUUUUCUAGGAUUUAGUGGCUGGUAUAUUUAUGACGUAUCGGAUACCUAUGAGAAGAGUAAAAACCAGCCUACAACAACAAUCUCGUAUGUCACUCAGGAUAAGAUGGAAUUUCCUGGGAUGACCAUUUGUAAUUAUAAUGCCAAGCCUCCUUCCGAAGCUUGUGAUUAUUGUGAUAUUACUUUUACUGGAGCUUAUUCUUACUCCAGCUCUGGAGUAAAGUCUUCAACAACCAUUACAAAUCAAAAGAAGGAGAUUGUAACUUCUGGACUGAAAUUUAAUUGUUAUUUUCUUAAUAAUGAAAUUAAGAGUAUUAAGACAACAUCAACUGCAGGAUUUGGAGGAUCAAUAUCAUUGAACUUUAAAAUGAAAGCUCCUACUGCAGGGAAAUAUGGUGCUCAGAUUUCAUUCCAUGAAAUAGCUGCUGAAGCUGACAUUUUUGCAGAGACACAAUUUGCUUCUCCAUACAAGGAUAAUAUGUAUACUCUGAAUAAGGUGACAAAGAACUUUCUUGAUGGGAAUUCAACUACACUGUGGGAGCCAACCUUGUCACAAAUCAAAAUAUCGAAUGCCAGUUCUGCAGAUAUUAUUAUCUCUGUCUCUUAUGGAACGCUUGAUGUUCAAGUUAUUGAUGAAGUCCUAUCGACAGAUAUUCCAGGUUUAUUGGGUUCUAUUGCUGGUAUUAUCGGUUUAACAAUGGGGUUAGAUAUUAUGAAAAUGUUGAGAGGUCUUCUUGAGGUUCCAUAUGCUGUUCACCAAAAGUCAAUCAGAGGCAUUUGGAAGAUUUUCAAUUAG